ACACAUCGAGUUUUCAAAAUAGUUCUUCGUACCUUUGUUAAUAGAUCUCAUUGAUUCGAGUGUAUAAAUUUUUAAUAAUUUUAUUGAAGACAACGAAUUAAUUCUUAUGUGCAGAGUUUAAUCCUGGAUAAAGCGACUUUUUCUUGAAUAAGUGGAUAAAACAUAACAAUUGUUUUGUAUACGAAAAAGGUUUCAAUUCGUAAUGAAAAAUAUAGAAUAUAUGUUUGUAAUUUAUCAAUGAAGAACAAUUUUUUGUGAGAUUAGGUAACAUGGUACGAAAAAAACGAUUGAAAGUGUUGAUUUACGCACUACAGAUCAUCUAUGUGCUCAGUGAAAAUAAUUUAAUCGAUCAUCGACAUAUCGGACAAAAUAAAACAGUGAACGCUUCGAUGAAAAUUUUAUCGUUUGAUCUCAAUGCUGAAUAUGUAGUAUCUUCAGAACUAAAUAAUUCUAUGAGCAUAAAAAAGUUUCUAGACGAAGUUACGGAAUUCAAACAAAAUGAGCUCCUGCCGAAUGAUUACCUGAAAAGCAACGAUACUAAUAUAUCGAUUCUCGAUACAACGAACAAUGACUUCGUUCAAAAAUUUGAGCAUAUUUCUAUUUCAUCUAACGAAUUGAAAGAUAACCAAAUUUUAUCGGAAGAUAUAUUAGUGACAUGUAACGAAGAAGAUCGAAAAAAUGUACAGAACCUAACGAUUGAUCUAGUUGCUACAGAAUGGAUAUUUCUCUCUUGGGAACCUCCUUGUGAUAAUAUAACAAGUGAAUUGUUUUAUACUAUCGAUAUAUGCUUGGACUUAAAUCAACUAUGUUUUUCAAGAAAUAGAACCAUAGUAAAAGAUGUACAAUAUAAUGCCACUGAUCUAGAACCAUGCAACAAUUAUACAUUUAUUGUAAAAGCCAUUGACAAAGAUUUAAACUCCACUGGAGUUAUUGUAACAGGAGCGACGAGUUCUAAUAUUACUGAAAUUGGAGAUAUUCAAAAAUUAGUUGCACAUACUGCUAUUAGUACAAUCAAAUUAAGCUGGAAAUCGCCAGGAGAUUACCCAACAUGUGUAAAUCAUUAUUUAAUUGAGCAAUGCCUUAAAAAUAUUUGUAAUAAUGCCUCAAUUACAACUGAGGAAUAUAUUUCAUCAAAGUUAGAACCAUGUGAGGAAUAUUUCUUUAUAAUUAGAGCAGUUUCAAUAAACAACAAACAAUCUAAUGGUGUUGAUAUUACAUUAAAAACAAAUUCUCCAAAAUCAAGUAGACCUCAAAACCCAACUGUGGAAGCUAAUGCAUUUUCUUUAGUUAUUCAUUGGGAACCACCAGAAAUUGGAGCUAAAUGUAUUAAAUAUUACCGUGUUACUAUUGAUCCACAGCCAAAAACAGAACAAGUAAUUGGAAUAAAUGUAACAAUAAGUGAUUUGUAUGCAUGUACUCCAUAUUGCAUUUAUAUUAAUGCAGUAGAUGAAGACAAUAACGAUGGGGAAAUGAUCACUAUUGAUACAAGAACAGCAUCAACAGUAUCGAAAUCACCAAUAUUAAAUAUGAAAGAACCAAUUGUUACAACGCAUGACAUAAUGCUUUCAUGGAAGAUUGAGAAAGGCAACAGUAAUUGUACUUUAACAUCUUUAAAAGCUAUGUGUAAUGCUACAAUGACAAACGGUCAUGGUUAUGAAGUUAAGAAUGGGGAAGCUGAAGUACAUAUAGAUUCUCAUAUUCAAGAUGAAUAUUUUACAAAUUCAAUAAUAAAGAAUGUCAGUCCAUUUACUACAUAUAUAUGUUGGGCAUAUGUUCUUAAUGAAGCAGGAAAUAGUGAAUUAAGUAAAUUAAUAAGUGUAACAACAUCAGAAGAUAUACCAUCUGCACCUUUUCUCAAUGUUACAAAUAUAACAUAUUCACAAUUUAUAUUUGUUUGGGAACCACCAUCAUAUUUAGCAGGGAAUUUACAUGAAUUUGAACUUGUAUUUGAAGGAGAAAUAUGUUUCUAUAUGCCUGAUUGGUGCAAACCAGUAACCUUAAAAACCAUUAAACAUUUUAAUGGAUCUACGUUCAUUUUUGAAUAUUUAAAUGCAACAGCAUUUACGUAUUAUACAGCAAAAAUCAAAGCAAGAACCUCUGCAGGCUGGGGAAGUUAUAACAAUGAUUUAGUGUUAUUUAAAACACCAGCUGGAGUUCCAGGGAUGGUAUCCAACUUUUCAUAUUCAAUUGUAAACAAUGAAAAUAACAAAAAUGUUUUGAAUACCAUUUUGACAUGGGGCAUUCCAUGUUCUUUAAAUGGAAUAUUGGAAUAUUUUAAUGUAUUUGUAGAUGGGAUUAGAACUAAUUAUGAACCACAUUCUUUUACAUUACAACUUUUAUCAAGUGAUGUUAAAAAUGAUACAGUCAUAACAAAUUUAAACGAGUUAAAAGCAGAAUAUAAUUAUAUUAUUAAAGUGGUAACAAAGGUUCAGGGAGUCCAAGAUUUUGGAAUACCAGCAUUUAAAAAUAUUUCAUACCCUGCUGGCAUUCCACCUCAACCUGAUGAAGAUUAUAUAAAAUCUAUCACUAUAGAUCCAGCUAGUGCACGAAGAACUACAACAACAGUUACACUUUUACUUCCCUUAUUCCCUAAUACAAAUGGUGAUAUUAUUUAUUAUUCUAUUAUAGUAUCAAGAAUGAACUAUAAUAUUCCAUCAAGUAUUAGAUUUAAUAUAACGAAUAAUACGAAUCAUAUAUUAUGGCCAAAUAUAUCUUCUUGGAAAGAAGCUAUGCAACAAGACUUUACAAUACCUUAUCAAGCUACUAGACUAUGUUGGAAUCCUUAUCCUAAUUCUGUUGCUGAUUAUGGCGACAUGGAAGCAGUCAAGUAUACACUUGGCGAAAAUACAAAUUGUAAAGAAAUUUCAUCUAAUACCAAUAAAAGAAUUUAUUGUAAUGGUCCUCUUAAACCAAAUACAUGGUAUCAUGUUAGAAUGCGGGCAUUUACUCAUGGUGGAUAUUCUGAUUCUACAACAUUUUUAAUAAAAACCAAUGCUGAAAUAGAUAUCGUACUUGUUAGUGGAGUUGUUUUUGGUAUUUUAUUCUUGGGAAUUUUAUCAACAAUAAUGUUAUUAUUUCGAAAAUGUUCAAUUCGUGCAAUAUUACGACGAUUUCUACAUUCUGACAUGUCUGGAUCACCAGUUCCUACACCUUUUUCAAAAAAGAAAUUUAUAGCUCAUUGUCAACAAUUUAUUGAUAAUCCUGGAAAAUUAAGCAAUGAAUUUCAGUUACUUCAAACUCUUAGUAUUGAUUUACAGAUGCCAACCAAUACUGCUUGUUUACAAGCCAAUAAGAAGAAAAACAGAUAUUCUGAUAUUUUACCAUAUGAUUUUUCAAGAGUUAAGCUGGAAGUAAUUGAAAAUGAUCCUAAUACUGACUACAUCAAUGCAUCUUUUAUUAAGGGCUAUAGUGGCGAAAAUGAAUAUAUAGCUUGUCAAGGACCAAAAGAAGAAACAACAUUUGAUUUUUGGAGAAUGAUAGAGCAAUAUGACAUCAAUGUGAUAGUUAUGUUGACUGAGUUGGUUGAGAAAGACAAAGAAAAAUGUCAUCAAUAUUUUCCAACAAUUAGAGAAACUUUUAAGUAUGAAAAUUUGACCAUAAAAUGUAUAAGUGAAUUAGAUUAUAGAUCUUAUACACAAAGAACACUAGUAUUACAAAGGGAAAACAAAAAAAGAAAUAUAACACAUUUGCAUUUCAAAGAAUGGCCAGAUCAUGAUGUCCCAGAGGAUUUUGAACCAAUAAUCCAUUUUUGCCAGAUUGUACAUCGUAAUGUUACUGCUAAUAAAGAAUAUAUUGUGAUUCAUUGCAGUGCAGGAAUUGGUAGAACUGGCACUUUAAUAGCAAUAGAUAUAAUUUUACAACAUCUUCGAGAUAAUAAAAAAUUGGAUGUGUUUGGAACAGUAUAUAGAUUACGACGUGAUAGAAUAAAUAUGGUGCAAAAAGAAAGUCAGUAUGCUUACAUAUACAAUUGUACAAAGCAAGUAUUAAAAAAUCCCUAUUGUUUAAAGAAUUAUAAACCACCACCUAUGAAUCCAAUGUACGAAAAUACUUCCAGGAAAAUAAGAAUAGUACCAAGUUCAAAUAUAAAUCUACACUAGUCGCAAUUUUGAGGUAAGCAUGUAACAAAUAAUUUUAAAUAUUUAUUUAUGUUUUGCACAAUAUUGAAAUUUAUAUAUAUAAAAAAGUGAUAGAAAUAUAUAUUUUUUCUAACAUAAAAUGAAGAUGUAUUGUAUUAUUGUAUUAUUGUAUUAUUUAAUAUAGAAGAUCAAUGUAAUAAAUAAUGUAUGUAUGUAUAAGUACAACUGUAAUGAAACAUGAUAUUUUGUAUUUUGUUUAUAAUAAUAUGUAAAUCAAAUCAUAUUCUUGUAAUACAUAAAUUUAAUUCUUUUUUAUUUCUAUAGAAUGCAUAUGAUAAUAUAUUUUUAAAGCAGACAGAACAUUUUAAGGAAACUAUAAUAAUAAUAUUUCAAUAUAAGGUUGUAAUUGUUUACUUUUAACUGGGUAUAUGAUUUAAAGAUUACAAUAGAUUUAAUUAAUAUAAAUGUCUAAUCUUUUAAUAGUUAUUGAAGGUAUAAGCUACCUACCUACCAUUGCUUGACAAGAGUCCUACAUGAGAAGUCCUACAUCUUCCUUUGAGUGUAAACAUUUCUAUUUUAUUUAAAUGUAUAUGCAUAUCAAAAAUGAAUAAUAUACACAAAACCAAUAAAAAUAUGUUUUCAGGUUUUAA